GUGCAGGCGCCGCGUAGGUGGGCUCUUGAGGUCCCCGAGGUCUCCGGGAAGAUUCCCGGCGCGUUGCCGAGAACGUGGGAAAAUCGCGACGUUGGCACUUGCAGAGGACGAGAGAGUUUGAGCUCAGCUCUCUAAGUUGAUUUCUGUACGCUCGGGAAUCCCAGUGAGAACUUAGAAAUGGCGAAAAGUCUUUUGACUUCAUCUCUGUCUGUAAGAACAAAACUGCUACAAACUGGGGUGUCACUUUACAAUACCUCUCAUGGCUUCCAUGAGGAGGAAGUGAAAAAGAUACUGGAGCAGUAUCCUGGUGGAACCAUUGACCUUCAGAAGAAAGAAGAUGGCAUUGGCAUUCUGACACUGAACAACCCCAAUAAAAUGAAUGCUUUCUCAGGUGUCAUGAUGCUACAACUUUUGGAAAGGGUGAUUGAAUUAGAAAAUUGGACAGAAGGGAAAGGCCUCAUUGUCCAUGGAGCAAAAAAUACUUUUUGCUCUGGAUCCGAUCUGAAUGCUGUGAAAGCCCUCUCCACUCCAGAGAAUGGAGUGGCCUUAUCUAUGUUCAUGCAAAACACCUUAACAAGAUUUAUGAGACUACCGUUAAUAAGUGUUGCUCUGAUUCAAGGCUGGGCAAUGGGUGGAGGAGCAGAAUUUACUACAGCGUGUGAUUUCAGGUUAAUGACUGUGGACAGUGUGAUCAGGUUUGUCCACAAGGACAUGGGUAUAGUUCCAAGCUGGGGUGGCACCAGCCGCCUGGUUGAAAUCACUGGCAGCAGACAAGCUCUCAAAGUGUUAAGUGGCGCUCUCAAACUGGACUCCACGAAGGCUUUAGCUAUAGGUUUGGCUGAUGAGGUCCUGCAGACGUCAGAUGAAGCUAAGGCUCUAGAAGAGGCACAAGAAUGGCUGCAGCAAUUUGUCAACGGACCUCCAGAUGUCAUUAGGGGUUUAAAAAAAUCUGUUUGUUCUGGCCGAGAACUGUAUUUAGAGGAGGCAUUACAGAAUGAAAGGGAUGUUCUGGGAACACUGUGGGGUGGACCUGCAAAUUUAGAGGCAAUUGCUAAGAAAGGAAAACAUACUAAAUAGGUUCUAAAAUGUGGGUGUAUUACAGGUGAGGCUGCAGCGAGAACAUGGAUGGAAGUGAGGUGGUAUUAAAAAUGAGCAGUAGAAUUCAUUUGAGGUUGACUGUUAAUAUGCUUAUUUGGUUUGGGUAGCAUUUUCCAUAUUUAAAUUCAUUGCUGUAUUUUUCCCUUUAUCAUUUGUUUAAAUCACUUCUACCAAUUUCUACAUUCCUGUAGUAAUUCUUAGCCUGGACUUGUCUUUUGUAACAUACUUAAGUUUGAAGGCAGGGUCUUAAACUUGCUAUGUAGUCAAAGGCAGUCUUGAUCCUCCUGCCACCACCUCCCAAAUGCUGGUGUAUAUUAUUGUGUCUAGCUAUUCUGUUCUUUCAGAAGUUGAAAUAUUUUAUAAAAACAAAAAGGCCUCAACAAAUCUUUCAUAUGAAGCAGAAAGCAGGGAGAGAUUUGAGAGGCAUAUAUGAAAUAUCAGUCAUUUUUUUCUACUCUGUACAGUUAAGCUACUGAUGGGAAAUGGUCCAUCAUUAAAAAAGGAUUGGUGCAUCUUUGUCUGUGAAUUUGAAGCUGUCUUCUCAACUGUCUUCUAUUUUAAAAGACCCACUAAACAGGGAAAACCACUAUGUAGAGCACUGACUGGCUGUAAAAAGAGCUUUGCAUUGUUCCCUGGAAUUCUCAAGUUAAUAGUAAAACAAUAGUGUUGAUGGGGAUUUAAAAAUCAAACUAUUAAAUAUUCAUGAAGCAUCUUUAAACAUUAAUUUUCACAAGAUUUAUUUUUUAAUAAUACAUAACUUUAGUUUUUGUGUGGCGAUCGUUUAAUAACUAAAUUUAAUAAAAACACAUAACCUAACCUUUA